AUGGCUCGCAUCACCGGCUUCCUUGCCGUUCGGACCGCCAUUACUCUUCUAAUUGCUUCCCCCUCUAUCGUCUCAGCAGCAGCCGUCCCAGAGUCUGUCGAUGUCGUCGUCGUAGGCGCUGGUCUUGCUGGCCUCACCGCGGCACGAGAUCUCCUGGCUGCAGGCAAGACGGUGAGGGUCCUCGAAGCUCGCGAUCGAGUCGGCGGCAAAGUCCACAACGCAAAGUUGAAGAAUGGUGGUGUCACUGAAGUUGGUGCAGAAUUUGUUGGUCCCACCCAGGAUCAUGUUUUCAAGAUGAUCUCAGACUUGGGUCUGGAGACGUUCAAGACUUACAGUGAGGGUGAUUCGGUCUUGUGGCGCAAUGGCACGCGACUGGUAUACACACCAGACCCAGCUCUUGGCGGCUCACCGCCUGUUGCACAAGAGGCACUAAUCCAGAUCGCGGGUGUGCAGCAAAAACUCAACGAAUGGACCGGCAAGAUCGAUGUCAAUGCUCCAUGGAACGAUUCCAAUGCCGCCGAAUGGGACAAGAUGUCCUUCCAAGACUUCCUCAACGCAAACGCACCUCAUCCGGAUGCACAACUGGUCCUGACUUCCGCAUGCAAAGGCAUCUUCUCCGCCGAACCUCGCGACAUUUCCCUACUUUAUCUCAUCGCCUACAUUGCAUCUGGUGGUAAUGAGACCACAAGGGGAACCCUCGCAUCGGUUAUCGCUGUCCAAAAUGGUGCUCAAGAGUCUCGUGUUGUGGGCGGCACAGGACUGAUUCCCGAGCGUCUCGCUGAAAAGGUCGGCAGCAAACAUAUCACACUCAACGCUGCAGUCUCCAGCAUCAAGAAGACGCCCACAGGCUAUGUUGUCGAAUCAUGCGCGGGUAGUGUGCAGGCCAACAGGGUGGUCGUCGCCAUGCCUCCGCCACUACUCAAGCGUAUCGCUUUCUCUCCUGCCCUUCCCCAAGCUCGACAAAACCUCAUCGACGGUCUCAAGCUUCCUGCAAUCGGCAAGGGAAUCGCAGUUUACAAGACCCCUUUCUGGCGCACCACCGAGAAGCUUGAUGGCCAAGUCGUAUCAGAUAGCGGCUCCGUCAAGGUCACAUUCGAUAGCUCAGAAUCCGACGGCAAAUUUGGCGCCAUCCUGGGAUUCAUUCUCGGUGACGAGAUGCGUGCGCUUGACAAACUACCUGCUGAGCAAGCGCAAAAGAUGAUUACCUCAGACUACGUCAGAUACUUUGGCUCACAGGCAGCAGACACAACUGAGUUUGUGCUGCAGCGCUGGGACUUGGAGGAAUUCAGCAAGGGUGGACCGGUUGCGGUCGCACCGCCAGGUGGUGUGCUGAGCAAGAAUGGGCAUGCACUGCGCGAGGCAGUUGAUGGCAUUCACUUUGCGGGAACUGAGACGAGCGUUUACUGGACCGGGUAUAUGGAUGGUGCUAUUCGUAGUGGUGAGCGAGUUGCAAAGGAGAUCUUGGGACACUGAGAAGAAGUAUGAAGUGAAUUUUGAGGCUGUACAUGAGACCUGAUUCUGUCUCUCACAUUG